AUGUUCACAGCCUCGGGAGGAAAGAAGCGCAACAGAGAUGUCGACGACGAAGGAAAAGAACUUCAGGGACCCUUCGAGAAGGUAAAUAAUAUGUUUCCAUAGGUUUCUGCAACCCCUCUGACUCUGGAACAGCGGUCGCGAGCAACCACAGACAGCAGCGACGGCGAUCAAUGGUUCCAUCACGACUCGGUGCUCAACACGCCCACCACAGCACGCGAGCAACCCAAAUAUGACAGCGACGAUGAGCAGUCUUCGUCCAUCGUCUCCGAGCCGGGCAGCCCGCAGGAUAUCUCCAUGUCAGAUGGAGAUGAGGGCAUGGGUGGGGCGACCUUCUCUCAAUCACCGGAGGAUAACUUCAUCACGCACCCUCGGCCGGCCAUCCACAGUCCAUGGGGACAGCGCUUACGCACAGAACGUGUCCCAACACCAGCAGUGCCGAUGAGACCCGGUGCCAGCUCACCUCGCAUUCGGACUGGUCCCAAGCAGCAUAUCCGGAAGCGACAUCCGCAGCAGAACAGCACUGGCUCGGCGGGUUCAACAGGCUCGGAUCACCUCGAAGUACCUUCACCUAUAGACGAGGAUGAAGUGCCAACUCCACCGUCCGCGGCAGAAGCGGCAGGAUCGCAACUCAGCCAGUUGACAGUUAGUGACGUCGAUAUGGACGAGUCGGAUGCCGCGCCUACCAUUUCCAUUGACCCGGCUAGACCUCCGAGUGUCAAUGCAAACAAGACCCAGCAAGACUAUUCUAAUCCUUUGGGCCCCAUGGAGUCCGGAGCACAUAGUCUGGUGGUCCGCAAACAGCGUCAACGCAGCGGCGCACUGAGUAGUGGAAAUUCACCCGUGAGAUGUGUCGACCCUAGCACAACUUCCCACAAGCGUGGCUUCAGCAUGGGCUUUCGAGCAGACUGUGAGAAAUGCCGGCUGAAAGUGCCCGGGCACAUGAAUCACUUCAUCUCAUAG